CUGGCAAUUGGCAGUUGAUUCCGAUUAGGUUCAGCCCCCUGUACUGUGGGCCUGUUGUGAUCAGGAACAAUGCCGGUCCGGUGGUUAAAGCUUGGAGAACUUUCCAGUUCAUCAGCCCCAUCAUCACCUACAUGCGUGGGGGAUCCCAGCAGGUGGUGGUGAGGAUGCACCACGUUAGUAGGGUGAGAGGCCUGGAGACUCAACUGGUGUGGGCCAUCUCCAAGGAGACAGCCAGGCUUAGUCCAAAGGGCAUCCCCUACUGUGCCACCAAAGUGCAGUCCAUCACUUGGAUCCAGCGUGUGGCUGGCAGGGUGACCCACUAUGUGUCUCACCUCCGCCACGAGACGUCUGUGGACGUGACGCUUGGCUGCUACCAGCAGACUGAUGUCUCAGUGGUGUACGCCACUCUCCACAUGGGGCUGGACGGGCUUCUCUCCUCUUCAGCGUGGUCGGAGGCUGCCUCCUUCUCUACGCCCACCACUCAGCAGUUCACUGACCCAGAGCCUGAGGGCCACAACUGCUAUGAGGGCUGGGAGGAGGACCUGCUGCCUGAGGAGAGGGAGGUUCCUCUGCUAAACCUCUACCUUACCACCAAGAGAGUGGAGGACAUCGCCCUGAGGCUCGUCUCCCUGCGCCAGGCCUUCACUACCCUGCUUGGUUCCACCCUGAGCAGGAACCAUCUGUUUGUGGCGGGAAAGGUCCUCCUGGGCGCACUGGUUCAGGCCAACCACAUGGACGAGGCCAAGUUCAUCCGUACUUAUAACGACUUUGUGGACUACCUGAGUGACCCCUCCAAGCGGAAUGACAUUGAGAGGGAGCUGGCUGAGGCAAAGAUCCAUCAUGUGAACAUGAUAGAUGUCGUCUUUGAGCUGGUGCUGUUUGGGAUGAUGACAGCUCAGAAGUCCCUGAUGGUGCACCCCGGUGGGUUUGUGGAGCAUCUGUACGCUCUCCUGUACUCCUUCCUGCCCACUGCUGCCAACAUGGAGCCAGAGGCUGACAGAUACCUGCUGCUGCUCAAUGGCGGGCUGAUGGCUCUGCUAGAUGACAUGUUUGGCCAGCAGCUGGCCUGGUACUUUAACCCAGAGUCUCUGGUCACGGAGCUCUCCAGCCUCCUGGAGUACCACUUGGAGAACCUCAUGGCCAGCAUGUAGUCCUACUGCAGGGACCAUACUCCUUUCUCAUUCUCUCUCUCUUUUGAAGGAAUUAAGGACUUGAAGUGCUUUGUUGAUCCCUGAUUAGUUAACACCCAUUAAUUUAAUGUAUUCUCUUGUUUUCUC